ACCAAGAUCGUCAUCACUGUCGAGAAACCACCAGCCAGUCUCACUACUCGCCAUAAUAGGCGUAUAAAGCACUCGCCAUGGGCUUUAUCGAAGAAAACGAGGUCGUCGACCAUCCCGCCCCCUCCGAGCCGACCCCAGACAUGAUUGCCGAUGCCAUCAUGUCAUACUCCAUGGCCGACCCCGCCGCGACCAACCCCGCCUCGUCCACAACGAUGCCCCAGCUCCCACCGUCUAUGGAUGCCUACCGCAACCUCUCCUCAGCCGAUAUCCUCGCCGAUUUAAACAAAACGCCCCUGUUUAUGACGGAGCUGGAGGACAAUGACGAACUCGAGGCUUUCAAAGCGCUCGCCUACGAAGGCACACCGAGCGAGGUCGCCCAGAACUUCAAGGAGCAGGGCAACGACGUCUUCAAACUACGGAGCUGGGCCGACGCGAAAGAGUUCUACUCGAAAGCUAUAACCGUACUACAAGCCGAGCAGCGGAAACGAGCCCAAGAGAAGACCCUACAAGAAGGCUUACCACAAGCCGACAAAAGCGCACCACGCACCCUGAGCGCAGAAGACGAAGCCGAGAUAAAAGAGCAACUAAAGCUCCUCGAAGCUUGCCUCGGAAACCGCUCAGCCUGCCACGUCCAGCUCAAGAACUACAGAUCCGCCACCCUUGACUGCGCGCAAGUCAUCCGCAUAAACCCCAAGAACAUCAAGGCCUUCUACCGCUCGGGAGUCGCGCUUCUCGCUCUCUCCAAGAUCCGCGAAGCAGACGACACCUGCGCGCACGGCCUGGCGCUUGAUCCUGAGCAUAAGGACCUCAAGCUCCUCGCGCAACAGAUCAUCGAGAAGGCGGAGAUAGUCGACGCGAAGAGGCAGAAAGAGGAAGCUGCUGCACUGCGCGUGAAGCAAGAGGCAUACGUCUUGAAAGCUGCGCUGAAGGCGCGGGGGAUCCGCAUGCGCAAUACGGAGCAGCCGCCGGAGAUGGAGGAUGCGAAGGUGCGACUCGUGCCGGACCUCGUGGACCCGACGAGUUCCCUGGUCUUCCCUACUGUGCUGCUGUACCCGCUCGUCUUGCAGAGCGACUUUAUCAAGGAGUUUGGCGAGACGGAGACGGUGGGUGAGAGGCUGGGGUAUAUCCUUGCUGAGCAGGCGCCGUGGGAUAGCCAGCAUGAGUAUACCCCGAGGGGCGUGGAGUGCUACGUGGAGACGAUGACGGGGGGGCUUAUCAAGGUGGGGCCGAAGGUGACGUUGCUGAAACUUCUAACGAGCGGAUCUGUGGAGGUGGUGGAUGAGGUUGUGAGGGUGUUUGUGGUGCCGAAGCUGAAAGCAGCAGAGUGGGUGGCGGAUUUUAAGAUGAAGAAGGCUGCUGAGAAGAAGACCUGAGAGCGGCAAGAUGAGGCCUAGUGUAUGACGGUGGUGUGAAGAAUAGCUGUGUAUCACAGCAUGAGCUGAGCUCAACGCGCAGAUGGCUGGCCAUGACUGGGGAGGUUUGUCGGGCUAUGCAAGGCUGUCCACAUACUCCGUUGAAGACCCGGUGGCCAUACGAGACAGAACGGGGUCAAUAGCCACCUAGGGAGAACAACUCUGUCGAUAUCAUCUCAGAGCUUCUCGCCAGAGGUUCCCGUGGCCAUAGUCCCAGCUCCACCAAGCCAUAUUGCAUGGCUAUCUGAAAGCUGGUCAGUGGGGUGGAUGGCUUGUGCCGGUUGGUUCCACGUAUGAACUACGAAAGCAUAAAAUGAGGGAACAAGUGUGGGAGAACCCUG